UAAUGUGUAUGGGGUAAAGAAACUAGUUGUGGAUCAUCAUAAGAAAGAACGUUGAAAUUUUUCCUUAUAAGGACAUGCGAAUAUGUAUGUACAAUAAAAUACUUAACGGAUAUAAUGAAUCACGAUGAGUACUAUUGGGUUGUUCGACAAGUUCACUUAAGAUAAAUUUAUUUUUUCCAUUUUUUCCGAUGGCCGUUGAAAAAAAAUCAAUAUAUUUUUAUGUAUGAUAUAACAAAGUUAUGUCCCAUCGUAUCGGCCUUCAGCUCUUCGUAAAAAUCCCUACGAAUUUGUCGAACAACCCAAGGGGUAUUUUGUUUAGAUUGAUAUCACUGUCUCAUAUUUCUUACAUAUACAUCUUGGUUUUGCAUCUGUCUUUAGAAAUAAUGCGAAUAAUCCACAACUAGAUCCCGAAUCAUGGUUACGGAUUAGUUCUUAAAAUGUUUGAACAAUUUUUGGAAGAAUAUCAUUGCAUCUGAUGAUCCCAAGUCAGUACCUGAUCUAUAUCUGGUUCCUCCUUCGUUAUAAGAUGGACCAUCGGCGGGAAUAAAUCUUGUUUCGUAACAAACGAAAUCCCGAUAAAAAAAAAAUGUCUGAAUUACUAUUAACGAUUUCAUACCCAUUCUCUUCGUGGCAAUAAAAUAAAAUAUGAAAAUUGCGUUUCUUUCAAGAUUCACAUAUAUCGCGAGAAUUGAUAUUGCGAACGAAGUAGAAAGGAUAUGUAAAACGCUUCCCCUAUAUAUCAUUUUCACGAGAAACGAAUACAUUUUUUUCCUUUCUUACGGGAUGCACGAUAAUCUGAAAGAAAUAUUUCUAGCGUGUACAGCCGACGGCCUGAAAAGGCCGUGGAAAAUCAAUAAUACAGUGUGAAAAGUCACAUUGACUGAGUGAACUCACCGUGCAUGUACGUGUCAGAGCGUGUAUGUACGAAUAUGUAACGCGCGCACGCUUCUGCAUUAUGCGAGUUCGUUCGAAGGGUUAACAUGCAAUAGAAUCGCUUGGCAUGAGUGCGAAGCAUUUCGCGCCGUCGUCUUCUCCGAUAGUACCGUCAGAAAACGAGUGCAAAGAUGUCCCGAUGCUUUUCAACAUAUCGGUAAAAUUAGAACAAUCAAUUUCAUUUUGGGUCUCGAGGAUGUGAGACGGAAAAUUUUCACAUGUUUAAACGGCAUUUGCCUCUUUGGAAUUGAACAAAAUGAUGGAACUGACAGAAGAAUUGUCUCGUUUUGAUACCUCAAGACAAUUGUUGACGCUCCGUUAUAAAAAUAAACCGAGACUGAGCAGAGGUGAACGAAACACGAAUUAAAAAUUAAACACGUGAAAUAAAAUUCUCCGCUACAUAUCAAACAUCUCCAAAAGAAUGCUAAUUUAAUUUAAUUUAAUUUAUUAAUUUAAUACCUGUUACACAGUUAACGUUGCUAUAUCAUCGAAUAAAUUUACAAUCGAUUCAUAUCCGUUCAAUAGAGACAUAAACUAGCUUCUAAACGAAUUUGUCUAGUUAAAGAAGCAUGUCAUUUCGAAUAAUAGGUCGUUGGAAAAAAAAUUUAACGGGGAGGAUAGAAAUAAGAUGCGAUAGAAAGGUAAACUUGUACACUCGCGAUAACGUUCAGAAACCAGUUUCUGUGUACAUUAGAAAGCGAACGUAAUACAGUAUAAUACAAUUAACAAACCUCAUAUGAGACGACGAAAAAAAGUAUUCCAUAAAGGUCAAUGUUACGGAAGGCGCGUGUGUUACGUAAGGCUACGAUUUAUUCGCUCGUUACUGCAUACGCACAGCAGUAACGCGAACAAUCGGCGGUGAAAGGAGCAUAUUAGACCCGCGAAAUGCGUAAUCGUAUACAACAUGCAACAGCCCCAUUUGUUGCGAGCGCUUGUCGUCUGAUAAAUCGAUAAAUGCUGUAUGAAAUGUCAAAGAUUACGCUACGGAACGAAUGUCUUGCGACAUAAGAGCGCCAGCUGUGCGGCGCGAAGCUUUGAUAUAUCGUCGUUGAUACCUUCUCGAGAUAUCCGUGGACUUUAUUACUUUUAUAUAAUAUUGUAUCUGUUAUUUUCUUAAGGCUCCGUAAGUAAUCGCUGUGACUCUCCUUGUUUAAUGACACCAGAAGAGAGCGAGAGAACGCGUGCCCAAAUUGUUCGCGUUAUACUUCCGAACAAAAAGAUGUAUUAAUAAAAUGACAUUCGCGAUCGAUUCAGCAAACUUGUAAAAUUGGACGAACACUUUUGUCUUUUUACUCGAACAAUCGAUAAGCAGCCGUAAAAUUAACUAACAUUGAUAAGAUCGUGAGAAAAGAGGUUGGGAAAGAAGGUUCCGUGUCAAAUUAAUUUCGCGACUACUUAUUGAGUGUUCGAGUAAAAAGUGUCCGUUCAAUUUCACAAGUGUGUCGAAUCGAUCACAAAUGUCAUUUUGUGGACAUAUCUUUUUACUUGAAAAUAUAACGAAAAAUCUCAAGGACAGUCAUAGCGACUACUCCGGGGUCUUAAGACGUGAUAAAGGUGCACAUAUAAUAGAAAGUAAACAUUUAAAUAUGCGUAUUAUGUACAUAUAUCACGAUUGUACCAUAAAUUGUAAAUUUCCUAUAGUUAUAUUAUAUUUUCGAAACAAAUGAAAUUUGUAAUUGCGUCAAUAAUUAGGUCAUAAUUUUGAUCUAUAUACAGUUUAACGGAUUCUUAAAAAACUCAUGUUUUAAAAACCUUGAGACGAGUAUGAUUAAAAAUAAUUGAAAUGACAGAGACGCUAGGUUGGAGUUUUAUAUUCGCCCACUUACAAGUUUAAUCUCCUUAGGCUGUAUCGCGCAUAUUUGAAAUUUCACAAGCGCACGAGAGCGCACGUAGACCGAAAGUCGCGAAUAAUAUGCGAAGCGUCGCUGAAAACUUUCCUUCUUCUAUCUUUGACAGUAGAGAAAUAACGAGUGUUUUAUUCGACAACACACGAAUAUGAAGGCUGUCAGGUGCAGUAAGAUAUAAACGAUACGUAACGUGGCGCACACGGAGAUCGAGAAUGCACUACUUCCGACGAAUACGGUCUUUAUUAUGAUUUUCAAGCGCCAAUAGAACGUUUGAAACCAACGUAUCUGCGAAUCGAUAUGUUGCCGUAUGACGCGAUCGUAAUCAAAUUUCAUCACGAAAAGUCCGCAAUUCUAAGUCAACAGUGAAAUCUACGCGUUACUCGUUAUUUCGCGGUCUGCGAAAUGAGCUGUUUUCCCUUGAAAUAUUCCCUUAUCGUACGGAAAAAAGGAAUUAGCUCCCGCUGUCCACAUACAGUACAACUCAAACUUAGCUGAUUUAGCUAAUUGUUUUGCCCCUGUGCCUAAUUUUUCCGCUUGCGCAGCUAAAGACUAGGUCUGCUGACUAAAUUACAGUUGUGUUAUAAUGGACAGCUAAUUCCUCUCUUCCGUGCGGUUUGAUUACGUCAAAUGGACUCGAUUUAUGCUGGGAAAGAAAAAAAUAAAUGCUCGAUUGUACAUUUUUCUUGCUCUAAGACUCGUAGAUAUCCUUUUAAAAGAACUAGACGAGAACCGGUUGCAAGAUCGAGUGAAAGUGUUCAAUUAGCAAAAGCGUAUUGAGUACAGCUUUGAGAUUCUAUGGUGGGAUCCCGCCAACAUUUGGCUUGCCGGCAACGAAUCGGAUACUGCAGUUUCUUGCGUGCGGCUCUGUCGCGAGCACCUUUUUGUCCUUGCGCGAAUCAAGUGUGUUGAUUCACGUGUAAUAACGAAAUUCGCUGCAAAAGUGAAACGAGAAAGAUGCGUCUCAUCGGAUAUAUCGCGAUCUUGUUCGCGCUCGUCGUCUUUUCUUCGAUCUCCGUCCUCGGAUUUCCGGACGGCGCCCCUGUGGACGCUUGCGUAAAACCACGAGCUAAUCAGCCCUACCACGGUGAGGCGCGGUCACAGCCCUUAAACACGAGCCCUUAUAAAAUAGUGGCCUCGUCGUCUCAGUACGGGCCGGGCUCUCAAAUCACAGUCACCAUCGGAGGCGCCCCGUUCAAAGGGUUUUUCCUGCAAGCACGCGAUAGCAAGACGAACGAAUGGAUCGGCUCCUGGGCGCAAACCCCGAACACGAACACUCACGCUGAGUGCAGCGCGGUUACGCACGCGGAUCCGGAUGACAAGGAGCAGGCCACCUUCCUUUGGAACGCACCCCCGAACGCACGAGGCAACGUUUAUUUCACUGGCACCGUAUUAAAAGACUACGCGGUGUUCUGGUCCGAAUUGGUCUCACAGACGGCUCAGUAAUAUUUCGUCGCCUUACCGUCAACGUUAUCACAGACGACGAAGCGCCCUCGCCAAGGGAUAGAUUUUUCCACGUUCGCACUCAGAUGCACUAAAAUCGUCCGUCGCGCAUCCUCGAUGCACGAUCUGUCGUGCAAUAUUUUAUCCCGUAUAGAUCUUGUAUUUUUGUACCAUGCACCGUCGAAGAAGCGUACCGGAUGUUUUUUGAAUGGUAAUAAAAAAUCGCCAAGAA